AUGUCAAUUUUCAAUGAAUUGCUGCCUAAACUCUUUGAGAUAUCAAAAAGUUCUGAGAAAAGUAUCAAUGAUGAGCUGCAGGCUGCAUUAAAAUACCUUGAUAAAUUGGCGGAUGCCUAUGAAAAUGGCAGAGGAAACAUCCGGGAAAAGACGUUUCGAAAUAAAACUCGUAUAACGGCAUUGCAAAGCAUCAAUGAAGAUGAUGGAGAAACCCGAAAAACCCCAGAAAACAAAGACAAUGAAGUUGUCAGCACAUCAGAGAACCAACCACGAAGGGUGUCCAAUAAACGUAGCAAGGACGAGGUAGAGGGGAUGUCCAGCCCUGAGGUGGACAAGCGGCAGAAGAGAAACGCUUCAGUAAAAGCACAAAGCAAUAUUAGCAAACAGGUGAACGUGAAUUUAGUGCAAAAACUACGUCGCGAAGAGGUUUCUGAGAAAUCCCGCGGACGGCGGCGAAAAGAUGACGACAAAGAGAAUUCUGAACCAAUUCCUGCUAUACAGAUUAAACAAGAGAAGAUUUCCAUCCUCGAGCCUAUGGAGUCGGAGUGUCUCCCCACGGACGUGCCCGUGAAGCAGGAGCCCGCGGCCGACCAGGCGGUGAUGCCGCCGCCGGUCGCGCCCGUGCCGAAGACUCGCAAGGCCGCGCCCCCGAAGGCGUCGUCGGAAAGUAGCGAGGAGGAGACGGGGUCUUCGCGGCGCCGCACCGCCCGCCGGAAGCCCGCCGACGUCGACGCCGACGCCAUGCCGCCGCCCAAGCCGGGUACGCGUCUCCUUGGGCAAUCACCACACGUAUCGGAAGUGGCGAGUGCGCGGUCCACCCGCGCGAGCUCGCGCGCCAAGCUGGCCGACGAGAAGGCCGACGACGAGGCGCCGCGGACCAGGAAGACCCGGGCCCGGAAGAAAGUAUCGGAAUCUUCCAGUGUCGAAAAUGAGAAACCUCCAGAAGAAAGUGCCUUAGCCUCUCCUGUUGAGAAAAGGCCAAAACGGACUAAGAGAGGACAAAAGGCUGCUGAAAAAGAACAGCAAAAACCCGAUGAAUCGCAAUCGAAACCUAUUGAAACCAUAUCGUUAAAAGAAGAACGAAUAACACAAACUGGGCCGUCUUCGCCCAUUCUUCCUGUUAAAGAAAAAUCCAAAACAAACCUCAAAAAGAGCGACGAAGAAAAACUUGGCGAGAAUAAGCAGAAUGAGAGCAAAGUGCAAACAGAAGAAUCAAACAGCAAACCGCAAAAAGAAUCCAAAAUUCCAAAACAGAACUCUAAUGACAAAAAGAAAAACAAAUCCAAAAAAGAGAUUGCAGAACAACAAAAAGAAUUAGUGGUCAGUAAUGAUAUUGCAAUUGACGAAACGAAGAUGAUAGUUAAUGAUAAAAUGAAUGUAACGGUGACGAUUAACAACGAAAUGGACAGAACCAUGGUGUUGCCUAUUGGAGUCUACAACCACGCUCCGGUUACGCCUACCAACAUCUGCAACAACGAAACUGUGGUAAUAGAAACGUGCCGAGAGACAAUAGUACUGGAGAAGCACACACAAGUCAACGAUGCUACGGUCGUUAUUGACAAAGAGCCAACAACAAAUGUGACGGACGACAACAGUUCAAUCCUGACAGAAGAUAACAGUGCCAUCGAUGAAGAACCCCAGACGCCGCCGAAGCCUAUUCCUACAGCAUUACCCACAUCGGCAGUGAAGGAAAAGGUGCAGCAGUUCGAAGAACUGGCUUCCAGAACUACGAGGACCAAAACGCGUGCCAUGGCCAAGCUAGUAUCCGCCCCGCCGACGCCGGGCACGCCGGCGCAGCGCCCGGCGCCCGUGCACAUGGCCGACGGCUUCGAGCUGCUGAACUCCGACUCGGACGACGAGGCCCCGCCGGCGCCCAAAGUGGUGCCCGCCUGGUCCACGUCGCGCGCCCGCAAGGAGGCGCUGCUGCUGCAGGCGGGCGUGGCCGCGGCGCACGUGGACCGGCUGUUCGGCCUGCGCCGCCACAACCCCGACCUGCGCGACAUCUUCCCCAGCAUCGCGCGGCACCGCCUGCAGCGCACGUCGUCGGCCGUCUGGCGCACGCCGCCGCGCCUGCCGCCGCGGCCCCCGCUGCCCGCGCUGCUCGACUGACGGAUUUUUCAUUCUUCAUCUGGUUCGGUGAUCGAGUCGCAGGCGGCACUAUGUAAAUAUAUUAUAUUUUGUUAAUAAUAUAUCGAUAACGUAAUCACGAGUACUAUCAUUUCAAUUAAUAUGUUUAUAGAGCUGACAAGUUAAUAAUUAACCCUACCCAUGGUGGCGUUAGUAACCCUUUUGACAUUGUUCGUGUUAUCGGUAAGAUAAAAUUAGUUCUUCGAAUUUCCGCAUCAUGGCGAGGGUCCGUAUUAUCUUGUCAGUCCAUUAUUUCUUCUUUUUCGUUUGAAAGCAUAUUAUGUACUUACGUAUCUUUGAAUUGUCAUUUUUAACCUUUUAUCAUGGUAAAUAAGGUAUAAUAUUACUUAGACAAUGAUCUAGAAAAUACAUAUUAUGUAUUAAGUUGUUAAAAAUCCACUAAUUCAAUUACAACUCCUCCAUGUUAAGUGGACUACAAUUUGUAGAAGUCGGAAUAUUGUUGCCAAUUACCGUAAAACAUAGUGUAAUAUAAUUAAUAUAAAAUAGCUUUUAACACAACCAUAAAAAAUUUUUUUCUUCAAUCGAAGAGAGAGAGAAUGUUAUCUGAAACCAUAUAGAUGUUACAAAAAUCGUGUCUCGUUUUAUUAUAGCAGAACAAUAAUGUUGCCAGACAAUCACAUUAAUUAGGCAAUUGGUCUCAAACAAGGAAACUACUAGUACCAUUGUAGAUUAAGUUCCCAAAGUUAUCCCACCGGGAAUUGAGCCCAGUCAUUUAGUACCACAGUCCAGAGGUCGUCAAAAUGCUCGGUACUGACACCAUCGAGUAUAUAACCAGAAAUAGAGACGAAAUGUCAUUUGCCAAAUCAUUACUGUGACAACUGCGUUCCGAUUGGCCAGCCUGAAUU